CCCACUCUCCCCACCUCUCUCUCUCUCUCUCACUCUCUAUAUCGAAGAGAAAUUGAGAGAAGAAUAAUCCAAUCGCUAACUUAGAAAGAGAGAAAGAAGAGAAAAAGAAAAAAGUCGACCGAGGAAAAUAAUCCCAAACCGAAGCUUUAGCUAUGGCGGACAAAGGUAGACCACUGCCCAAGUUUGGUGAAUGGGAUGUCAAUGACCCGGCAUCGGCUGAGGGAUUCACUGUAAUCUUUAACAAGGCUAGGAAUGAAAAAAAGACAGGUGGAAAACCUGAAUCACCUUCAAAGGAUGACCCCACCUUUAAGCAUGAAGCAGUUCUUGGAAAACCUCAAUCUAAGAAAUGGUUUUGCUGCUUGCGUGCGGAAUCAUGAGGAGGUACCUACUUUAUGAAAGAUUUAAGAGGAAUUUUGUUUUAUAUUUUAUGCUCCGUGCCAAUAUUAUAUAUAUAAUAUAUAUAUUCCAGAAGACUGGAGCUGUGUUCAAAGCUAUGAUUGGUCCUGCUGGAAUCAGUUUGUUGUGAUUUUAAGCUUUGUUGGUGAUGUGGACACAGAAGAUGAAGAUGAAGAAAAAGAAGAUGAUAAUAUCAGCGCAAUGUUGUAUUUAUGUUGUUGUGUAUUUGGUGGGAAUAUUAAAUAUUGUGGUGUAGCUUCUUUCCUUUUUGUCCCAGCUUGAUUGAUGAGUUGAUGAUACUAUUAUUUCACAUUGAUUUCUGCGUGUAUUUUGAUUUUUUCUUGUGUGUAAAACUAAUGCAUUUCAGUUCAUUUUACUAAAACGAAAAUCCACCAAGGAUAGUUCAUUUUA